AUGGCUUCUUGUGUCCAUACCUCCAUAGGUGAUCCAGACGAACACAGAUCCGUGAUGUAUAAGAUGGUGGUAAUGGGCACCUGUUAUGUGGGAAAGAGUGCAUUGACCAUUCAGUUUACUAAGAAUAAUUUUAUAACUCAAUAUGAUCCCACAGUCCAAGAUUUCUACAGUAAGGACACAGUGGUAGACGAAGAGCCGUGCCAGCUGGACAUUGUGGACUCCACAGGCACUGAAAUAUUUUUCUCUCUGAGGGACCAGAAUGUGCGCUGGGGAGAGGGCUUCCUCGUUGUCUAUGGUGUGAGUGACCUCUACUCUUUUGAGAAUGUGAAUGUCCUCUGGGACCAUGUGCGGAGUCUCAAGCACACGGACCGUGUACCCAUGGUGUUGGUGGCCAAUAAAGUGGAUGUGACCGACAGGCUGGUGGACCCCAGACAGGGCCAGGAGGCGGCCAGGAGAUUCGGGGUCCCUUACGUGGAGACAUCAGCCAAGACUGGGGAAGGUGUGGAGCAAGCUUUCCAUGAGCUCGUUGGUGAAAUUCGUAAGAUCCGAGCUGAGGAGGAACACAAGAGACUCACUAAAGCUAAGUGGGGGAAGACCUGUGGGCGCAAAUGUUGCACAAUCCAGUGAGCAGGUACACCCUUACCCUGAUCCUGCCCCCUAAUUCCCCUCUCACCUGGCCUAGAAUACCUCCAAAUCCGCUAGCCACUCCCCAGCCUUCCAGACCUUCAUCUGGACCCUUCUUUCUGCCUGCU